CAAUCCACAGGGUGACCACCUUUGGCACUGAAAACAUGGCUGUGGCCACUCAGGAUCAAGCUGGCAACGUGAGCCAGACCAAGAUGGACUUCUGGGAUGGGAUGGAGUCUGUCUUCAUGAUGCCCAACAUCACCCCCACAGAGCGAAGGGCUGUCUGGAGUGCAGUGUCCGGAUACGUCCAACAGCAGCUCCUGCAGCACAAGGGGAUCCGAGUUCCCACCCUUGGCUCCUUCGAUGUGGUCCACACAGAGAUCCCCGUGGGGGACAGGACUGUGACUCUCCAGAGGCCGGUGUUCCACCUGGCCAGGAACCUCGGGGGAGUCUCCAAUCUCAUGGACAACAACACUGACCUGACUGGGGAUAAGCCACUGGAGCCUCUGAAAUACGCCCAGGUGGCCGUGGAGGCCUCUGUGUCCCGGAGGAAAGCAGAGAGCUGCAUCCUGGGCACCACCUCCCUCCUGUACCACUGCCUGGCCAAGGGCGUGGGCGCCGCCUUCGUCCUCGGGGACGUGGGUGUGCUGCUCAUCGAGGGCAGGAGGGCACACAUGAGGUUCUACCCCGACUUCCUGGAGAAGAUGGCUGGGAAGAAGAUCCAGGACAGGGCUACAAUGAAGGUUCUCCAGCAGCUGGACCUGGUGGUGUCCCGGGACGUGCCCGUUGCUUCCCUGGCGCUCACGAGCCGUGUCCUCAUCUUCCCUGAGCUUGAACCGGUGGGUCUGCCCCUGUCACUGCUCAGGGACCAUCUCGGGGCCUGGAGAGAUGUCCCUGGUGGGGACAAAGGGAAGCAAACAGAGAGUUUGCCACCUGUCGGGCGAGGCACGGAAGGGAGAUUCCCUGGCCUGGCCAUGCCCUCUGGCUCCACCACUAAGGCAGGCAAGCAGCCCUGGCACGAGGGGGGUGAGGAGAUGAAGGACAGCUCUGGGGUCAGGAAGCUGCCAGCGAUCCCAGGGGCUGCUGCUGCUGGAAAAAAGCAGCCUGGGACUGACCAAGCCAAGGGCAAACCCACCCCCAAGGGUCAAGGGUCAAAGCAGAGCCACGGAGAGGAAACAACCACUCAGAGGGGCAGGGCAGGAGGAGAUGGAGAAGCAAAAGAUCCUCUUGGAAGAGAAGGAGAAAAGAAAGUUCAUCUUGGAAGAGAAGGAGCAUCAAAAGAUUCCCUUGGAAGAGAAGGAGAAAAGAAAGCUCAUCUUGGAAGAAAAGGAGCAUCAAAAGAUUCCCUUGGAAAAGAAGGAGGAAAGAAAGUUCAUCUUGGAAGAGAAGCAUCAAAAGAUUCCCUUGGAAGAGAAGGAGGAAAGAAAGUUCAUCUUGGAAGAGAAGGAGCAUCAAAAGAUUCCCUUGGAAAAGAAGGAGGAAAGAAAGUUCAUCUUGGAAGAGAAGGAGCAUCAAAAGAUUCCCUUGGAAAAGAAGGAGGAAAGAAAGUUCAUCUUGGAAGAGAAGCAUCAAAAGAUUCCCUUGGAAGAGAAGGAGGAAAGAAAGUUCAUCUUGGAAGAGAAGGAGCAUCAAACAGUUCCCUUGGAAAAGGAGGAGAAAAGAAAGUUCAUCUUGGAAGAGAAACAUCAAAAGAUUCCCUUGGAAAAGAAGGAGAAAAGAAAGUUCAUCUUGGAAGAGAAGGAGAAAAGAAAGUUCAUCUUGGAAGAGAAGGAGAAAAGAAAGUUCAUCUUGGAAGAGAAGGAGCAUCAAAAAGUUCCCUUGGAAAAGAAGGAGGAAAGAAAGUUCAUCUUGGAAGAGAAGCAUCAAAAGAUUCCCUUGGAAGAGAAGGAGAAAAGGAAGUUCAUCUUGGAAAAGAAGGAGAAAAGAAAGUUCAUCUUGGAAAAGAAGGAGAAAAGAAAGUUCAUCUUGGAAAAGAAGGAGAAAAGAAAGUUCAUCUUGGAAGAGAAGCAGCAUCAAAAGAUUCCCUUGGAAGAGAAGGAGAAAAGGAAGAUCUUCCUGGAAGAGAAGGAGAAAAGGAAGAUCUUCCUGGAAGAGAAGGAGAAAAGGAAGAUCUUCCUGGAAAAGAUGGAGAAAAGAAAGAUCUUCCUGGAAAAGAAGGAGAAAAGGAAGAUCUUCCCGAAAAAGAAGGAGAAAAGGAAGAUCUUCCUGGAAAAGAUGGAGAAAAGAAAGUUUCUCCUGGAGGAAAAAGAGAAAAGAAAGUUCGUCUUGGAAGAGAAGGAGCAUCAAAAGAUUCUCUUGGAAAAGAAGGAGAAAAGAAAGUUCGUCCCAGAAAAGAAGGAGAAAAGAGAGUUUCUCCUGAAAGAAAAGGAGAAAAGAAAGUUUAUUCUGGAAGAAAAGGAGAAAAGAAAGUUUAUUCUGGAAGAAAAGGAGAAAAGAAAGUUUCUCCUGGAAGAAAAAGAGAAAAGAAAGCUCGUUUCAGAAGAGGAGUGAAAUAUUCCCUCGGAAGAGAAGGAGAAAAGAAACUUCUUCCCAGAAGAGAAGAAGAGAGGAAAGUUGCUCUUGGAAGGGUGUCCCUGCCAUGGAGUGCCCAGGCCUGGGAGCCUGAGGGUUCCACCUCCAGGGUCUCUGUCGUGCUGGCACCAGGCCCUGAGCCAGCCCAGGGGCUCAGACCACGGCCUGAGGCCUUCUGGUCGGUGCUGAAGGAGCCCCAGAAGAGCAUUUUGGCAGGAUACAGGUUGGAGCCCGCCCUGUUUGUGCCCCCCCUGCACCCCGAGGGGCCCCCAGCUCUGAGGUCCCCCGUGCUGAAGAAGACAGAGGUGGUGGCCAGGGGGCUGUGGCCGUGGAUGGAGUGACAGGGCCGGGCUGGGCAGCUCCUGGGGUGGCAGAACUGGGACGUGACUGGAAGUGCUGCCAUUCCAGGGGCUGCUCCCUGCUGGGAAUGCAGAGGCAGAGGGGGGAUCUCCAGGGGUCUCUUGGCUCUGAUGGAUUUCAGGGUCAAGGUGUCCUGCCCUGAAACCAUCUGGGGGGCUGGAGGGCACAGCCAGGAGUAGGGAGCCUCCCAUGAUGUGGGAUUGCCAAAGGAACCCAAAGCCCAGCCCCAGUGCUGCUGCUGGCAGGGGUGAGACCAUGCAAGGAAGAACAGAGUGGCUUGGGUUUGGUUUGAGACCUGGCAAAAAGCUGAAUUGACUCUAAUUGACCAAUUGAGCCUCAUUUGGAGAGUCCAAAGGCUCAUUGUUGAGCCCAAACCCAGGUCAGGGGCUGAUCCUCCUCUUUAGGAUUCAUGUUCUGCCAUUUGGAGAGCUCAGAGCUUCUUCUGAGCCUCCAGCAGUGUCUGCCCAGCAGCCUGUGAGGGGUCAUUGGACCAGGGCAGACCUCUGAGGAGGCAGGUGACUGAUAUGGGAUCAAUCCACCCAACCUCGAGGCUUUCCAUGUUGAAAAUUUCCUAUUGGAAAGUGUCCCAGGGGAUUCUUGAUCUUUGACACAAACACCUGGAAAUGUGAGGCUGCAGGAUGACCUUCCCCUGAUCCCAGUGGCUGUGGGGUCAGUCAGAGACAGACCCUAAAAAUUCUGCCCAGGAAUUUCUUUAUUCUUAUGAGAUAUCAGCUUGUGCUAAUAGAUAUAACCAUUGAUUGUGUUAAUAAACCUCUAAAAAGGGGAUGAGAGCUCAGUGUUGAACAUUUUUGUGACAAAAUCUGAGUCAGUUUGAAGCAGCAGCUGGACUGUGUUUGGAUAUAAUCCCAUGUCCUGUGGAUGUCAGGAGCAUGGACAUUAUCCUGGCUCAUUUAAUGUGCUCCAGUGCCCCCAUGUCACUGCUCUGCAGAACCCCCAGCGUUGCUGAAGUGCUCUGUUAGAGAAGAGUUGUGAUCCUUCAGCUUUUGAAAUCCCUUUGGAUCCCUGCAGAGGUGGAAAGCAGGUGCAGCACAGGAGUUGUGCUCACUGUCCCCACACACAGUCCCAACCCCCCCUGUGAGCCCCCAGUUUGUAAAGACACAAUUCCAACCCUCUCCAGCUGUUUGGAGGGAAAGUCUGGAAGAACUUUCCCAGGAUGAGGGGGUUUCAAGGAUCCCUCUCCCAGCAGGCUGGAGAUGAGCUCUGGGAUUGCCCUGGGCAGGCAGUUCUGCUUCCCACCACCACCCUGGGGAGGCUUUUAUUAGCUGAAAACCCCCAAAUUAACAAAUACCACCCAUUGCUCUAUUGCCCAGCCCAUCCCUUGCACAGCCCAUCCCUUGCACACCUGCACUACCAACUUCUGCUCCUUCAGCCCCUUUGCACACUGAUCUUUAAGCACUGAUUGAUUCAUUAAAUGCCUCCAAAGUUAAAUCAGUUUAAGCACUGAUUGAUUCAUUAAAUGCCUCCAAAGUCAAGCCAUG